AAAAUAAAAUUAUAUUCUGAUUCCAGAGCCAGAGCGCCGUCAUUACAAACUAAAUCUUCUAACUUGCACAUGUGUUUGCACUUGCUUUGUCCAGCCCUUUACAGAAUAGGAAUAUUUUAAAUGAAUGUUCCAAUUGUUGUAACAGUCAUGUUGCUGCCCUUCCCUCUUUGUCGAUGAGAGUAAUGUCGUUUUAUCACCCUUAAAACAAAGGAGGAAAAAAGAGAGAGAGAAAAAAACAAACAGUUAGCAGGUUUAACUGGUUCUUGAGUUUGUUUAUUGUAAUAAGGAAGGUGUUGAGGGAACCGGUUGGGUGUGGUUUACAAACAAAUCUGCUUUGUCACGUCACUAUUAUGACUGCUAUUGCCAGCUACACAUGCGUGUGUCAUAAUUCCAAUUUUUUUUGUGUUUUGAGGCCAUGAUUUUCAUCAAAACUAAAUUGCGCAUUACUUGCCUGUUCUUAUUCAUCCAGCUCGCAGCUUUGCUGCUCUGCAAGGGAUAUCAGAAAAAGGUAACCUACAUCUUUCAGAUUUUCUGUGAGCCAGACGCCACCAGUUCAUCGGGCCUCAACCACACUGCCUCAGACAGCAAUGGAACCUACUGUCCAGGGACAUCCAUUUUGACAGGUGGACCCCUUGUUGUCAACUUUCCAUCAGGGCUCAUUCUAGCCGAUGUUGAGAAGAAAAAUCCACUGGUAACUCCAGGAGGAUGUUACAGCCCCCCUGACUGUGAGGCAAGACAUCGAACAGCCAUCAUAAUUCCUUACAGACACAGGGAAAACCACUUGAAGUACCUGCUCUAUCAUUUACACCCGUUCCUGCAGAGACAACAGCUCAGUUACCAGAUUUAUAUUAUUAAUCAGGCUGGAAACCACACAUUUAACAGAGCGAAGUUGAUGAAUGUGGGUUUUCGGGAGGCCAUGAAGAAGGAAGACUGGGACUGUCUCAUCUUCCACGAUGUGGACCUUAUUCCAGAAGAUGACCGAAACUCAUACACCUGUGACUCAAAUCCUAAGCAUGCAGCCAUUGCCAUGGACAAGUUUGGCUAUGGACUUCCAUACAGUAUGUAUUUCGGAGGAGUAAUAGCUUUGACACCAUUGCACUACCUCAAAAUGAAUGGUUUUCCCAACAACUAUUGGGGUUGGGGAGGGGAGGAUGAUGAUAUUGCAUUCAGGGUGCUUUUAACGGGAAUGAAAGUUGUUCGCCCAAAACUGCAGGUGGGACGUUACAAGAUGAUAAGACAUACGUUGGACCAAGGAAAUGCUAUAAACCAAAAUAGGUUUGAGAUGCUGAGCAAAGCAAGACAGACCUGGAGGUUAGAUGGAAUGAACACGGUUGAAUAUGAACUCAUCACACAGCAAUACAUGCCUUUGUAUACCAACAUCACUGUCAACAUUGGUACUCAGGAUGGUCUACAUUCACAUCUUUCAGCAGUAAAGAAAUAAAGCCUCUACCUUCCAAAGAGCAAAUUUCUAUUCUCAACUGAGUAUUGUGUGAUAACGGUUCAAAUUUAGCACAAACCUUACCAGCAUGUCAUUGUUUGGAACAGGUGACUGGUGAGUCAUGGAAGUAUAAACUCUCUUACCACGAAUUGUACAUAUAUACCCACAUACAGUGGAACCUCGAGAUUUGUGCACCUCAAGAUACAAGUAUUUUGAGAUCUUGCUUCGAGAUACAGCAAUAAUCACUAUAUUGUUUUCCAUUUAAUAUUAUUAUAUUUCUAUUUGACAUAAUAUUCUAUACUAUACACAGACUCUUGUAUAUAUGUGUG